AUGGGAGGUAGAUGGUUAAAAGAGUUGCUCGGUCGACCAGUGUACCCAUUGCCAACGUACUCCGCGCAGUUUAGGACUUGUUUAGUAUUGGUUCCCAGUCUAGAAAUGUCGGACAACAACGUUGUGUUCUACGGGUUUACCCCUGUCCCACGGGACCCAGAUGUUCUAUUCAAAGAUCAUCCCACCGCCAGUGGUCCCAACCCAAAGCAAGACUUGUUCGUGGCUUCGGACUUUCCUCUCCCUGACUCCGCCGUCGUGCGCCAGGUUAAGGCGUUUGUCAAAAAAGAACUCGACGAGCAGACAUACAAUCACAGCCACAGGGUGUACGUCUAUGGUACUGCACUGGUGAAGACGCACUUCCCUACCUGGACGUACGACUCCGGGACGUACUACCUUGUGUGUCUCCUCCAUGACAUUGGCACCGCCGAGCGAUUUCUCGCGUCAACGAAGAUGUCGUUCGAGUUCAAGGGCGCGAUUGUUGCGCGCGAGCUCAUCCUCGCACAAGGUGGGCAUGAGGACCAGGCAGACAGUGUGUGCGAUGCGAUUAUCCGGCACCAGGAUAUCUUUGUGAAGGGAGGGAACGUUACCAUGGUCGGACAGAUUUUGCAGUUGGCGACCAUCCUCGAUAAUGUUGGGCUGCGCGCGAAUCUCGUCCACCCACGACUCAUCGAAACUACGACCGCGGCCUUCCCACGCAAGGGCUGGUCUGAGCAUUUCGCGCAUGUCAUCGAGACUGAGCUCACGCUGAAGCCAUGGUGCCACACGUCUACGUUUGAGCAGCCGAACUGGAAGGAGGGAGUGCGCAGCAACUUCGCGACGGACGUAAGGGGGAACGAGGUUAUGCGUAAGUACGACUGA